GAGCGAUGGUCAUGUGCUGAGGCAAAAUGGCGUCUCGGAGGAUGCAGGGUGAUCUGGAGUAUUUGUAAUUUCACAGUAUUCAUUCUGUCUGUAGUUCACUGUACGCGGCUGAUUUACGAAGAAGGGUUGAAAGUGUCCUGAAGCGUCUAUGAGCUUGGUGACUAACUGGGUGUGAAAUAGUGGCUGGGCAUUAUAGCAGUCCGCAAAGGAAAGGACCGGAUUUCCAGAAAUAAUGGCUUUACCUGUGUUUGAAAAUGAUGAAUAUAAGCCUCCAGUUUGGAAAUCUUACUUGUAUCAGUUACAGCAGGAAGCUCCUAAUCCAAGGAGGAUUACGUGCACGUGUGAGGUGGAGAACAGACCCAAGUACUAUGGAAGAGAGUUUGGAACUCAGACCAGAAAUUUUCGUCUGUACUAUGAUGGGAAACACUUUGUUGGAGAAAAACGGUUUGAGUCAAUCCAUGACCUGGUAACAGACGGAUUAAUUACAUUAUACAUUGAGACUAAGGCUGCAGAAUACAUUGCCAAGAUGACGAUUAAUCCAAUCUAUGAACACAUAGGCUAUACAACUUUAAACCGAGAGCCGACCAACACAAAAUGUCUUCCAGCUCUUAGGGACAUACAAGCAGAGCCCCAAUGUGCUGAAGAUGGUGCCACUCCAGAGGAGAGGUUGACUUCACUUGUUCGAAGAGCCACUCUGAAGGAAAAUGAACGGAUUCCAAAAUAUGAAAAAGUACAUAAUUUUAAGGUUCACACAUUCCGAGGACCUCACUGGUGUGAGUACUGUGCCAAUUUUAUGUGGGGUCUGAUUGCUCAAGGCGUGAAAUGUGCAGAUUGUGGCUUGAAUGUUCAUAAGCAAUGUUCCAAGAUGGUUCCAAAUGAUUGCAAACCAGACCUGAAGCAUGUGAAAAAGGUCUACAGCUGUGAUCUGACAACAUUAGUUAAAGCACAUAACACAAAAAGACCAAUGGUGGUGGAUAUGUGCAUUAGAGAAAUUGAAAACAGAGGUCUAAUGUCUGAAGGUUUGUACAGAGUAUCAGGGUUUAGUGAUCUAAUUGAAGAUGUCAAACUGGCAUUUGACAGAGAUGGUGAGAAAGCAGAUAUUUCAGUAAAUAUUUAUGAAGAUAUAAAUAUAAUCACAGGUGCACUUAAACUGUACUUCAGAGAUUUGCCCAUUCCACUUAUCACAUAUGAUGCCUACCCAAAAUUUAUUGAAGCUGCACAGAUUCCAGAACCUGAUGAGCGAUUGGAGUCAGUUCAUGAAGCAUUGAAAAUGUUACCACCUGCACACUGUGAAACCCUGAGGUACCUUAUGGCUCAUUUAAAAAGGGUAACUCUACAUGAGAAGGACAAUCUGAUGAAUGCAGAGAAUCUGGGAAUUGUGUUUGGACCAACUCUGAUGCGAGCUCCAGAACAGGAUCCCAUGGCAGCCUUAAAUGACAUACGUUAUCAAAGACUGUUGGUUGAGAUGCUGAUCCAAAAUGAAGAUAUUUUAUUUUGAAACUGUUAGGAGGGGAAUUUUAAAAAAUGGUAGGAAGAAUGAGUCAAAUUAUUUUAUCUGGUUAAUUGUUUCAGUGAGCAGGUUGAAAUGACAGCUAUUCUUUGUACUUUUUUAUAGUAUACUUAACUCAGACAUACAGUAAUGCAAUUUGGAGAACUAAAACUUCAAUGUUUGACUUGCGUUCUUUCAUAUAAAUUAAAGCUGCUGCACGUAUUCGUCAAAGAUCUAUGAUGAAAAUCAGAAAAUGUUGCUUUUUUUUUAAAUCAUAUAUUAAGUGAAUUUGACCCAUGUUUGUAAAAUUGUGAGCAUUUGUCGAAUUAUUUAACUACACUUGUAUUUUAGCAGUUUAUAAUUAUGGACUAAGGAUAAAUCUACAGUACCAGAUUUCAGAAUAUAAUAUUGAUAUUGCAUUUGGUGACACGUUCCAGUGUUUAU